CCUUCCUGCCGUUGUAUCCACGGACCCGGACUUUCUCCCUGCGCGCCCCCAUUCUCCUCCUCCUCCUCCUCCUCCCUACUUGCUCUCUCUCUCUCUCUCUCUCUCCUUCUUUUUCCUAUACACAGGUGUUGCUUCGCCCGCGCGCAGUCAGGCGGAGUCGUCAAGAGAGAGAGAGAGAGAGAGAGAGAGCGAGAGAGGAGAUUCGCUCGCGAGCGAGUGGGAGAGAGGGGGGGAGGCGGCGCCCAGCAUACGUACAAUCGCGCUGGGGCUGCGCUCCUGCUAGACUGCGGGGGGAGAGAGAGAGAGAGAGAGAGAGAGAGAGAGAGAGAGAGAGAGAGAGAGAGAGAGAGAGAGAGAGAGAAGGAGAGAGGCAAGAAAGAGAAAGCCAUGGCGAUGGCAACUUGCGCGUGCGCUUCUGCUACGGCGAUGGCGGCCGUUGCCGUCCGUGCUGGCGGCGCUUCCGCUGUCCAGACCCCGGCUCCGCGCGUUGCGGCCUUGGCUGCAUGGCGGUAUCCCCUCGUGUCGCAGUCGCUCUCUCGCCGGGCCUCGUCGACCUUCGGCAAUGCCUUCCUACCGUCGAGCCCAACAGCCACUGAGUCUUUAAGGCAGCAGCAGAGGAGGGCUGUGCUCGUCAGGGCGCAGGCUGAUGAUGGCGCGUCAGAGUUAACGGAGCAGGCAGAAAAACUCUGGAAGGAACUGCAGGCGAAGGCAGGCAGUGGCUUCCGGAAGGUACAGGGGUCCCGGCAGUGGCUACCAGCCUGUCUGGAUCCCGGCCUUGACGUUAACGAAGAGGUUGCGACUGCAGAAGGCAUCCUGGGGGCAGGCAGACUUCUUCCGCAAGGCUGCUUGAAUGCACAUGCACUUGAGAAGCAGCGUGAGUGCGGGCCGGUGACCGAGAGCCAAGGCGGGGAAGUGCCAUCCCACCGAUAGCUUGAGCUGGGCGCCUGUGGAAGGGAGAUCCUGGGAGGAGGAGGAAGGCCGUACUAGGGAGAAGGGUCUGGUGAAAAACAUACCGCCUGGUUGCCAUCAGCAUC